UGCGACAGUCAAGACAUAUGUAUUACCAAAUUUUUUGUUUCUGUUUCAAACGGCACCAACUAAAUUGGACAAAUUUUUUUUUAAAUCUUUGGAGACAAUAGUGACACAGUUUAUAUGGCAAGGCAAGAAAACACGAAUCAAAGCCCAAACAUUGCAAAAACGUAGAGAACUGGGAGACUUCGGAGUACCCAACUGGGAAGCAUACUAUAACGCAGCAAUCAUGACAUGGGUGAAAGAUUGGGUGAUGUUGAGUAGAAGGCGCCUAUUGGCUAUAGAGGGACAUGACCUCCCCCAGGGAUGGCAUGCCUCCCUCUGGCAAGAAAGAGACACCCCCCAUAGGUACUUCAUGGGACAUUAUAUUCGGAAGAUUUUGAUGGGGGUCUGGGAAAAGAUCCAAGAAGCUUCUCAGUUCUAUAAUCUCAGUUCUUCCGUUCUAAAAUUCUUCAGUUAGAACUGAAGAAGCUUCUUGGAUGAGAAGCAAAAUGUUUUCGGGGGGGGUGGGGGGAAUCCAAGAAAUUCCAUUCGCCCUUUUCGAGAUUGUUCUCGUUUCCCCCGUGGUUGGGAUGCACCAUCUCGGGGUUCUCCACCGUAACCCUCUGCCUGUUUUGCAGGAUCUCUGCACACCGGGAGGAGUUCUCCGCCACCUGGGAGUGUUCCUGAAGAGCAACAGCAGAUUGCCCGGCAGGGAUCCUACACCAGCAUCAACAGUGAAGGAGAAUUUAUCCCCGAGACCAUGGACCCAAAUUUGUUGGAUCCAUUUAUCAGCCCAAACCACUCGCUUUCUAGCAGUUGUCAGUCCCUGGACCGAUCUGUAGACAGUCCUGCUUUCAGCAAAACACCCGUUUCAAGGAGGAAAAGAGAAACCAAAGACAGCUUCGAGUCCUUGGGCCGCAGGACAUUUCCUAGGAGUUAUGCUCCUCCUGAGAACCUGUUCCAGCUUCUGCCUUCCAGCCGAACCAAGAGUUUCAACGGAGACAGCAAGUUAAUCACCAUGCGGUACGAGGAACGGGGGAACAACAAGUGGUGGCACAAUUGCGACAAGAUCUUUGAAGGCUUCAGUUCUCCGUCUCCCAAGGCCAGGAACACGCUGCAGGCCCCAGUGAAUUGGAGGCUUGGGAAGCUGUUGGGCCGAGGAGCUUUCGGAGAAGUCUACCUUUGCUAUGAUGUUGACAUUGGACGGGAGCUGUCUGUGAAGCAGGUGCCCUUUGACCCCGACAGCCAAGAGACCAGCAAAGAAGUUUCUCCCCAAGAAUGUAAUGUUUAAUUAUUAUUUGUGGUGAGGUAUGGUGGCUCAGUGAAACUUUUCGGAAGGCGUAGAGUUUCAGGAAGCCAAGAAACUAAUCAGUUAUUCAUCUCUUGUGUUUUUUAGGGUUCAAUCAAAGACCAGCUAAAAGCCUACGGGGCUUUGACAGAGAAUGUGACUCGUAAAUAUACAAGGCAGAUCCUACAAGGCGUCUCCUACCUCCACAGCAACAUGAUUGUACACAGGGACAUUAAAGGUGCCAACAUUUUGAGAGAUUCUGUCGGGAACAUUAAACUAGGAGACUUUGGGGCCAGCAAACGCAUUCAGACGAUCUGCAUGUCUGGGACGGGUAUAAAAUCUGUCACGGGAACUCCCUACUGGAUGAGCCCAGAGGUGAUCAGCGGAGAAGGCUACGGAAGGAAGGCCGACGUGUGGAGUUUGGGUUGCACCGUGGUAGAAAUGCUGACUGAGAAGCCACCCUGGGCCGAAUACGAAGCCAUGGCCGCCAUCUUCAAGAUUGCGACCCAGCCCACCAAGCCUCAGCUUCCCGACGGCGUUUCGGAGUACUGCCGCAACUUUCUCAAGCUGAUCUUUGUGGAGGAAAAGCGGAGGCCCACCGCGGAAGACCUUUUGAGGCACCCGUUUGUGAACUUCAGCCUCUAG